AUGCCGCCGGUAGCUACUUCUACGAUCACAACCUCGGGAUCAACCACCCCACGAUUAAGAACCAAUGGAGCAGGUGUUUCAGAAAAGAAUGAAGAUGCCCCUCCACGACAAGAUAUCGAUGUGAAAGAACAUGAUUUCUUUUGGACAUAUACCGAGGAACCUCAUCGAAGCAGACGUUUAGCUAUUAUCAAAGCUCAUCCAGAGGUAACUAAACUUUGCGGACCUGAGCCCCUCACUAAAUAUGUCGUUCUCCUCGUCGUAUCAAUCCAAAUCCUCUGCGCCUACCUCCUCCGCAAUACACCUUUCCUCUCCUGGAAAUUCUUCCUCACUGCCUACAUCAUUGGCGCAACCGCAAAUCAAAACCUGUUCCUUGCCAUCCACGAAAUAUCCCACAAUUUGGCAUUUAGAAACCCAACCUUGAAUCGGGCACUGGCGAUUUUUGCAAAUCUACCUAUUGGAAUUCCUUAUUCUGCUUCUUUCAGACCAUAUCAUCUUACCCACCACAAAUCCCUCGGCGUCGACGGUCUAGAUACCGAUCUCCCCACCCGCUUUGAAGCCCUGUUCCUCGAUUCCCUCCUCGGAAAAGCCUUCUUCUGCACCUUCCAGAUCCUAUUCUACGCCAUCCGUCCCAUCUUCGUCUACGCCGUCCCCUUCACCUCCAUCCACAUCUUCAACAUCUUCGUGCAAGUCGUCUUCGACAUCCUCCUCGUAAAAUCAACCAAUUCUUACAACUCCCUCUACUACCUCAUCCUCUCCGCCUUUUUGGCCGGUUCCCUCCACCCCUGCGCCGGACACUUCAUCGCCGAGCACUACGUUUUCGAGCGUCAGCCCCUCGCAGCCCGCGACCCCAAAACCGGUGUCGAAAUCCCAGAGACGUUUUCUUAUUACGGUCCUCUCAAUUUCUUCACCUACAAUGUUGGACUGCAUAAUGAACAUCAUGAUUUCCCUGCUGUUCCCUGGACACGUUUACCUGCCCUGCAUGAAAUAGCCAAGGAGUUCUAUGCAGAGUUGCCCAGACAUGAGAGUUGGAUUUAUGUGAUAUGGCAGUUUGUGUGGGAUAAGGAGGUUGGAAUGACUUGUAGAGUUAAGAGAAAGGAAGGAGGAAGAAAAGUCGGAGGUUGGACGCAGCAGGAGGUCCAGGCUUAG